AUGUUCGUGACUAUCGGUAUUGGGACGACUACCUUUCGCGAGCAGAAGCUCGAUGUGCAUCGUGCACUCAAAGCAUCUCAACCCGCGUGGAACGUUGCCAACGUGCGUUUCCGGGUAGCGUGCGCUCCGUUUCGCAAGACGUCGUCGACGACGCGGUCUCGGCGAGCCGGCACCGCCGCCCUACACGCCCGACUGAACCUGACUGAGCGCAUUCCGGUGGCGGUCCUCGGUGCUACCGGUUCGGUUGGACAGCGUUUCGUGCAGCUGCUUGAGGGUCAUCCCUGGUUCGAGGUAGUUGCUCUGGGCGCUUCGUCGCGUUCCGCGGGCCACAAGUACGGCGAGCAGGUGUCUUGGAAGCAGGCGACGCCCAUACCCGCAGACAUGGCCGAUAUCGAGAUAUCGGAAUGUGAUCCGAAUGAGGCUGCCUAUCGGGACGUGAGGAUCGUGUUCAGCGGACUAGACAACCAGAUUGCUGGCGAGAUCGAGACGCGUUUCGCGCAAGCCGGAAAAGCCGUCUUCUCGAACGCGAAGAACCACCGCAUGGACCCGGACGUGCCUAUCCUGAUUCCUCCCGUCAACGCCUCACAUAUUGAAGCAGUGCGAACACAAGCGGUGUAUCGUCAGAGUGGAGGUUUCAUCGUCACCAACGCGAACUGCUCUACGACAGCGAUGACUAUCGGUCUGGCGCCUAUAUGGAAGAGCCCCGAGCUUGGCAUUGAGACGAUUGUGGUUAGCACCAUGCAGGCCAUUAGCGGUGCUGGGUACCCUGGGCUCAGCGGUAUGGAUAUUCUUGACAACGUUGUUCCGUAUAUUGGUGCCGAGGAGGGCAAGAUGGAAACCGAAUCACUGAAAAUUUAUGGAGAAUACCAGCCGACUCGAGGCUUCGUGCCUGCAGAGAUCAAUGUUUCGGCGAUGUGCAAUCGGGUACACGUGCUGGACGGGCACACUGAAGCGGUAUCCAUCAAAGUCCGGAAUCGCGGCAACCGGAGCAAGGAAGAACUGGCCCAAAUGGUGAUUCGAGCCAUCCAAGAGUACCCGUCGACAUCUCGCGAUGUUUUUGGACUACCAAGCGGACCUGAACGCGACGUUGUCUACAAUCAGGCACCAGAUCGUCCGCAGCCGCGGCUUGAUCGGAACCUGGGUAGAGGCUUUACGGUUACCGUAGGACGGGUGCGCCCCUGCAAUGUGCUCGACGUGAAAUUGGCCUUGUGCGGACACAACACCAUUGUCGGAGCCGCUGGUGGCAGUAUCCUGAACGCCGAACUCGCUGUGGUGAAGAAACUCAUCGCAAGCGUCGGUGUAGGUGCAACGGAGCAUGGCGCAGCCGUUCGGCGUUGA